ACCUCUUUUCCAUGACUUCGUAGUUUCACUUUUGCCGGCGAGGGCCAUGUGCUUACGGUUCGUUCGCGGCAUUCGUUUGAAGAAAACUAGUUACCUCUGAAGUUAUUCCGGGAGAGUUCGCUCGACUUGUUGAUGACAUUCGCACGCGUGAUUGCUAUAAGAAGCUUUAGUUGCAGCACCGAGAGGCAGUUGUGGAAGGUCGUCUUUUACGGAUCAGACAGCUUCUCUUUGAAGAGUCUCCAUCUAUUGAACAAAAACAGGCUAAAGAAGACUGAGAUACCUCAAGUUAUCGACUCAAUCAAAGUUGUGUGUCCAAAGCUCAAGGGCGUAGUUUCGGAUUAUGCACUCAAAGAAGACCUUCCAGUCAGUGAGUGGCCUUACAGUGUGCCCGUCGACACAUUUGACGUUGGAGUUGUGGUGUCAUUUGGCCACCUGAUUCCUGCUAGUAGCAUCCACGCAUGUAAAUAUGGGAUGAUCAACGUCCACCCUAGCCUGCUUCCGAGAUGGAGGGGAGCCGCACCCCUGGUCCACACCCUGCUCGCUGGUGACACCGAGUCUGGCAUCUCUGUGAUCACAGUAUCACCAAAGAGAUUUGACACAGGCAAAAUUUUGGCUCAGAAGACAGUCACCGUGCCUCAAGGAAUCCACCUCGCAGAGUAUACCAACAUGAUGGCCAAUCUUGGUGCCAACCUGCUGUUGCAGUGCCUUCAAGACCUUCCAGGGCUGCUGUCUCAAGCUCAUGAGCAAGGCUCAGAUGGAGUGACUAAAGCUUCAAAGAUUUCUCCAUCAAUGGGUGCCGUGCACUGGGCUCAGCACACAGCAGAUUACAUUGACAGAUUGUACAGGGCUGUCGGAAACUUUACGACACUGACCACCUUUUGGCAUGGCUGCAAAGUAAGACUGUUUGACAUGGUGCCUCCAACACAGCUUGCCACUGCCAAAUUGGAGGAACUUGUGAAAACUAGAAAUGUAAAGCCUGGUCACAUCUACUAUCAUGCCAAACGCAAGAUACUGUGCAUCAAAUGCAAGGAAGGAUGGGUUGCCUUCUCUGCCAUUACUAUAAAAGGGCACAAGAAAAUGACAGCUACAGACUUCAACUGUGGUUUUCUUAGCAAAGUGCCUGAGCAUGAACAGUUAUUUUCAGAAGAGAAUGUCACACGUGAAGCAGCAGAGAAUACAUGACCAGUUGCGAGUUCUUUGUGAGAAGACACUUUUACAAUCAUUAAAGCACUCAAUUUUA